UAUUGUAAUUGUGAAACAGAGGUGGGUGGGAAGAGGAGAAUGAGUUCAAAGAGAGCUUCAUCGAGAUUACAGGCUUUGAUCAAUCACAUCCAAUGUUCGUAUUCAGCGCCGACGAACCCCGACACUUUGGAUAAACCCAUCGUUUUGAAGAAGAGAGCGGCGGUUCUGAUAUGUGUCUUCGAAGGCGGCGAUGGAAGUCUGCGAGUAAUCCUCACCAAACGCUCUUCCUCUCUCUCAACCCACUCCGCAGGUGAAGUGGCUUUGCCAGGUGGCAAGAGGGAAGAAGGUGAUGCUGACGAUGUACAAACAGCGUUAAGAGAGGCCAAAGAGGAAAUUGGCUUGGACCCUUCUCUCGUUUCUGUCAUUACUGUUCUCCAACCCUGGCAUACAAGGUAUGGUGUAACCAUAGUACCUGUGCUUGGAGUACUGUCCGACAAGGAUGCAUUUUCACCAAUUUUAAAUUCAGCUGAAGUAGAAGAAAUAUUUGAUGUUCCAUUGGAGAUGUUCCUCAAGAAUGAUAACAGAAGAGCUGAGGAAAGAGAAUGGAUGGAGGAGAAGUAUCUUUUGCAUUAUUUUGAUUAUGAGGUUGGGAACAAGAAGUAUGUGAUAUGGGCUAUAACUGCUUCAAUCUUAAUUGGAACGGCUACUCUUUUACUUCAGCGGUUUCCUGAUUUUCUAGAACAGAGGCCUACAAUAUGGGGAGGGAUGACUGAAGGUGACAAGCUCAUGCUGCAGAAUAUUUCUAAUUCCAAAUAAUGAACUUAUGCAUAAAUAAAUUAAUAUUUAGAAGUUAUUUCGUAUUAACUUCUCUGAAAUCUAACUUUUAUCUCACUCGUGAGUUAAUUUUAGUUUAUGGAGAAAUUACGGUUGUUUUUUAUUCUUGUCUCUUCUUUUAGGUUCGUAUAGUAGCGACUGAUAUGUGUGUUAGAUGGGUGCUUAAUAAUAUGUUUCAUUAGGAAA